UUAAAGGGAGAGAAUGAAAAAAUGCAAUGGCACAGGUCAGACAUGUAUAUUUAGUCCAACAACAACAAUCAAAAUGAAACCCAGCAGAACACCAAAAAACAAACAAACGAAAAAAUACAGGGAAAAGGAUUAAAAGGAAACUCCAUCAUUUCCACCCUCAUGCCAUCCUAUAUGACUUUCAUUUAUCAGAUGGUAGACUAAGAGUUUUAGGGGAAAUAAAAAGUAUCUUUAUAUAAUGAAAGUGUAUGGGACAUCCAAAAUGACACUUAUAAAAAUUAUACACAAAGUGAAUAUGACAGUAACUCAUGCAGCCCCUGUUAAUGUCUUCUUAAGUGAAACGAUAUGUAAGAAAAAUACAAAUACCAAUAUUUGAAUUUUGACCGUCAUGUUCCCUUUGUGUGGUUUCUGAAGUGGUCCUGUCCCCUUGCACUAUAUGGACUACAAAUAUUUGCUUGUGUUCAUGUGAAGAAAGAAAGUCAUAAACAUCUGGGAUGACAGAGGUUCAGUAAAUGGUGAGAUUUUUUUUUAAUUUUUGGGUAAACUAUCCCUUUGAAGAACAAGAUGUGAUGGAGAGGCUAUAAUAUAUUCCAGACAGAAUACAGGAAUGUGUUGAAUUAAUGAGGAGAGUCAUAGAAUUAAUACAUACAACGUUAACGUUUUAGGCCACUUUAUUUGUAUUGUCUAUUCAAUGUCACUGUCUUGAUAAAUAAUUAUUUGUGACUAAUUAGAUUAAUUAAUAAGAAAAAAAAUGAAAUUGUUUAGAUUAAAAAAAAUAUUCACUGACAGUCCUAAUUCCUACUUAAUGAUUCAUAUAAUGACAUACAUGUAUUGUAAAUACAACUUAUCCACCAUCUGGCAAGAACAUCACUAAACAUGAAUUACAAUUUAUUUAGCAUGUAAUGUUUAUUAAAAUAUUUUUUGGAGAUUUGUAACACUUAAUAAAAAUAAAAAAAAUCCCUCAAAAAUAGUAAUUGUAUUUAAAUUCUCAUCACUGAUUUUAUUUGCACUGAAUUUUGUGCAUUCAGCUAAUAUCUAAUGGACAACUUUUCUACCUCAAUAUGCUUCAAUAUGCUUCAAUAUGCAACUUUUGAAGCCAGACAUUUACCUGAUGAAAGUCAUAAUUGAAGUAGAAAUGUGUGUGUUUGAUGCAUGAAAACAAUGAUCAUUAGUUCUCACUUCAGGCACACACGUUUGAGCUUCUGUUUACCAUAUUUAAUGUGCACACAAUAAAAUAAAAAUAUAAUAUGCUUUUCAAGAUCAAAUAAAAUUGUAAGGAGUAAAAAGUACAAAAUUUUCAUCAUAAAUGUAACCAAGUAAAAGUACAAGUAGUCAGUUUAAAUUGUACUUGAGUAAAGUACAAAUCCCCCAAAAUAAUACUCAAGUACAGUGUAUGAGCCAGACCAGCGUUGUAAAAUGAAAUGUAGUUACACGCCACCUUCUUGUAUUCUCUGGUUUAGUCACCAGGGGGCGUCAUUCAACCACCUCAACUACCUCCUCAACCCGGCUGAAGCGUUUCUUCGAGAUUUUACUUAGAAUUAUGGAAGAUCUAUUCAGAAAUGGGACUGAUAUAUAUAUAAAAAAAGGACGGUCAAGAAAAUUAUAUUUUGAAACUCGAGGUCUAUUUGCAGUGGAUUAAUAUUACAAAACAAUUUCACAAAGGAGUAAAACGUCCAUUCUGACACAGUUUGAAUUCAUACUAACCAAGGUGUCUGAAGACGCAUUAAUAAAAAAAAAAACAUGUUGUAUCAAUACUUCAAUCUCUAAUUAUACUGCUGUUUGUCUGUAGCCUUCCACAUGCCACAUGGAGCCAAUCUCAGACUUAAUUUCUAAGUCAAAGAACACCUGCAUUUAGGCUAAUAAUUCUCGCGUUCAGUCUUAAAAUACUCGAUAUUCGUGAAUAAACAACAGCAUUAUGAUUUCAGUGGUCUCAAGAAAUGCAAAUACGCCACUACACGAGCUUUUGCAUUUCAAUGAUUUCAGAAAUAAAAGGAAGUCAGGUGAAAUUUUUAUUUGAGAUCAAAAUAACACCCUGCUUAUUGAUAAGGAUUAAAUAAAGAUAAUUAAUUAAUUAUUUAAACGGUUGCAUUAAAACAAAACUACCCUGGGAAAAGAAAUAUAUAAAUACUGUCAUGCACACUGAUCGUUGUUUAAAUCUCAUUUUAACUGGCUUUUGGUUUUCAACGAUAGCCAUUGAAGCUUUCAAUUAAAUAUUUAAAUCUAAUUUAAUUUAUUUCAUAUUCAGCCUUUUUGUAACUGUCUCCACUGUCCCAGGAACUUGACUUUAACAGACGUCCCAAUUGUUCUGGUGACAAACAUGGCUGCUAUCAUAUGCCACGCCCACCACUCCAAUAAUUCUUAAAAUAUUGCAUAAAUGUGAUCCACAAGACGUAAUAUAUAUAUUUUUUGACAAGACUAUCUAUUACAGAAGAUAUUAAUAAUGUUCUAUGGCAUGUAUAACUUCAUUGGUGCUUUCAGCCUCACAGCAAAGUUGAAAUAGUGCUUCUAAGGGAGACUCCAACCACCAACUCCAAAAGGAUGAUAAAAUGUUAGAAAUAUAUAUUUGGUUGAUGUCAAAAUGUGAAACAACACAACAUUCUAUUAAAAGAGAUGUUAUUAUAUGCACUGUAAUAGCGAAUAUCACUCAGAAAUAAGUCUUUUUACGAAGCUUUUGAAUAUUCAAAUUGAAAGUAUCGCGCAAUCAAAUCAUUGUCAAAUCAUUGAGUUCUUGGGGUUUUAAAUAGUAGGGAUGAGGGGAGAAAAACUCAAACUAAAAUAUCCCUAGCUAUAUUACUGUAUAAUUGUAUGUCCUGAGAGUGUUUUGAGGUUACUUUGUUGAGACUUUUUAAGACUUUUGUGAAUAAUUCGUUCUUGCCCAUAUAAUAGAGCAAAGAACUGACGUUGGGGUAUUUCACUGUAGCACUUCCAGAGUUUUCCUCCUUUUCAGGCCAAUAUGUCUGCAGAUAAACCUAAGGUAUACCAGGGUGUGCGUGUGAAAACCACAGUUAAGGAGUUACUGCAGAAGCACAGAGCCCUGCAGGCACAGAAAACCGCUACGAAAUCACAAGCCGUGGCUGCUCGAGAUGUCUGCUCUACGACCAUGAAUACCCACCUUGAUGUCUUUGGAAUGCAAGCUCCAGAGCCUUAUUUCCAGACUCGUCCCUUUACAGAAAAUGUCAACAUCCCUAUGGAAAAUGCUUAUGAUCAUCAACAGAUGAUGCAUAUGAUGCCACCUGAGACUUUCAGCGGCAGUAAUUUCGUGUGUCCCACAUCUGCGCAGUGGUCUAAUGGAUAUCUACCUUCUAAUACGGACCUCUAUGGUACCAGCCUGGUUUCGAGGUCACCCUCAGACUCCUUCAAUCUCCCCAGCCCCGUCGACUACAACAGUUACUCUCCCCCUCAGUCCAACUCUUCAUCUUCUUCGUGCUACAACUCCCCAACACGGAUGGAUUUGAGCUCAAGUUUCUCUCCUGAAAAUUACCAUUAUCAGCAUUGCAACCUACAGCAUUGCUUUUGCCUGUCGCACUGGUCCAAUGUGCAGGAAGGCAUGGCAACUUCAGAGUUUGCGCCCUACGGCUCAUCAGACUGUUUGUAUUCAUAUGGCGACGACAGCUAUUUCAGAAGGGAUACUUCAAACUCAAACAUGUGUUACUUAUAAAAUGCAUUUUGAAGCACUUUGCGCGAAAAUCCAGUGUCAUAAUUGAUUAAUUCGAAUGCAUUUGUUACUUUAGAUAAAGGAACAAGCAGUGAUAGAAUGCAUGAUUGGGCUUAGUUUAGUUGUUUGAGCAAAAAGGUUGAUUGCAGAGAGCUAAAUAUGUGUGAGUAUAAUUUACAAAUUAUUCAUUUAUCUUUUUUUUUUUUUUUUACAAUAAACAUAUUUUUCGUAA